CCCAGGCCUCAUACCAGCGCCAAAAUCCCUACGCUCAACAGGAUGACCGUUCAUAUGAGAUGAAGGAGGUGAAGGACGACAGCACCGCUCAACUGACAUCUGAUAUGAACGGCGACAGCAUGUCCGCAUUUUACACCGAGAUUUCUUCUAUCCAAGACAGCCUACGGACGUUCAACGACAAUGUGGCUCACAUUGGUGAUCUGCACUCGCGGUCACUGAAUAACAUGGAUGAUGCUGCUGCUCAAAGAAACGCUGCAAACCUAGACGAGCUCGUAGAAGACACUAGUGCUCUCAGCUCCACCAUAAAGAGGCGUAUCAAAGCAUUGGAGAAGCAAGGCGGUACUGGGCGAGAUGGACAAAUCCGCAAGCAGCAGACCGCAUUGGUGAAAUCCAAGUUUGUGGAAGCUAUUCAAAGCUAUCAGACUGUGGAGCAACAGUACCGCACAAAAUACAAGCAGCGGAUGGAGAGGCAAUUCAAAAUCGUAAAACCUGACGCAUCGCCGGAGGAAGUCAGAGCAGUCGUUAAUGACGAAAAUGGUGGGCAAAUAUUCAGCCAAGCACUCUUGAGCUCCAACCGAUACGGAGAGUCGCGAGCGGCAUACCGGGAAGUCCAGGAACGGCACGAAGACAUCAAACGCAUAGAAAAGACCUUGGGCGAGCUUGCUCAACUGUUCAAUGACAUGAGCGUCUUGGUAGAACAGCAAGAUGAGACCAUCAACAAUAUCGAAACACAAGCUGCAACCGUUGAAAGGGACACCGAGGCUGGCCUUGGGUACACUGAAAAGGCGGUCGUCUCCGCCCGUGCCGCUCGUAAAAAGCGAUGGAUCUGCUUCUUCAUCACCCUCAUCAUUCUCAUCAUCAUCGGUGUUGUCGUGGGCGUUGUAGUCUCGCAACAGGUCAACAAUAACAAGAAGUGAUCUUUUCUGGCGUACAUUUUCCAGGGGAACCAGAUUCAGGCUGAGGCUCUUGCAACAUAGUCUGUUCGCCUAGGCAAUUCUAUUUAUGACAAGGUAUUAGUUAUUAUCGUAUCGCGACCCUCGUUCGAUUUUGAAAUCUCCUACAACUACCCGUACAUGCAUUUCACAGUCUUUCUUUUCUAUGCCCUGCUUUUCUAUCUUAAUGUCUUUUUAUUCUGGCAAUGCAAUCGGACAGUGGAUGAUAUAUACCCUACCAUAUACGUUUUUGAGACCACCUCUUGAGAAUAGAGCAAGUAUGUAGGCUCGGGAUGAAUGGGUAGCUUGCCGAGAGGCCACAUUUUGGCUUACUUGAACG